UAUUAGAAGCAAAAAUGUAAUAGACGUGGAUGAAAUUGAGGAGAACAUAGUAGAAGAGGACCAUAUGAAAAGUGUCGACGAUGUGUUGGAUGCGAUUUGUCAAAGAGUUGAUGUGGAGAAGCAGUUCAGCAUCCUUAUUUCAAGAACAAACAUUCUGGAGAGAGGCCUUCUGCAGUGGCAACGUCAAAAAAAAAAUUCACCCACUGCCAUGUUGAAGGUGUCCUUCUUUGGGGAAGCAGGAAUCGACACUGGUGCCCUUCGAAAAGAAUUUCUCACAGAAAUGGUCGCCGGAAUCGAGACUCGUUUCUUUGAAGGACCACCACACCAAAAAAGUCCACGCUAUUCCCUUACUGACUUUGACAGUGGACUCUUCAGGACUGUUGGUGAGAUUCUGGCCGUCAGUUUGGCACAAGGAGGUCCUGCCCCUACAUUUUUCAGCCAGUGGGCUUACAGUUACCUCUGCAAUGGGCAGAUCAACCCAACACAGCUGGAUAAAAAUACAGUGGCAGAUUCACAGUUGCGGUUACUGAUUGACCAGGUGGAAUCUUCAACUGAGCAGUCACUUCAGGGCCUUACUGAUGAGAUUUUAAACUGUGGAUUCACUGGAGCCAUCUCGGUUCAAAACAAGGAACCGAUUGUCUGGUAUGCUGUGACAUGUUUUCGUUUUCUAUAUGAAUGUAAGAAAAAUAGCAUCUGA